CAGACAGGACCUGCCCUCGUGAGAACAACCCCCAGACCACAACGCUGUGUGGACAUACAAAGCCCCGACACUCUGGUAUGUAGAACCUCAUGGAUAGUUAUGAGGUAGGUUAGGCAUACCUGUGGAUAUAUAUGUCAUGGAUUUCAAUCUCACCUGGAGGACACUCUGUGUGGGGCUGUGGACCAUAGCAGGCUGGUUGGACGUGUUAGCACAGAGGAGCACGUUCAGUGUUGGGAAUGUCCAUUACCUGUCAAAGGAAGAUGUUUCACUGUUGGCUGAUGAUGAGGAUCCAAAAUGUUUUACCAAGACGCAAUAUGACUUCACCUGUUUCUGGGAGACAACAGGCAAAACAUCUUUUGAUUUCUUCUACAGAAAUAAUGACCAGAAGAAAGAGAAGCGGUGUAAUGUGACUGUCCAAAGAACAGGGGAGGAAGAGGAGGGAGAAGAGGUGGAAGAAGAAGAAAAGAAGACAGUCCUCCACAUCUGCUUCUUCCCCCCUUCAGACGUCAUCUUGUACAUCCUCACACACAUCAGAGUGGUCGAACGCAGCUCCAACCAUACACUCCACUCACGCAAUGUUAGCAUCGAGGACCAGGGUCUUCUGGACCCCCCUGUGAAUGUAUCCCUUCAUCAGACCGGGCAGGCUGGGCAGAUCCAGGUGGUGUGGCACCAACCAAAGGAGUGGGAGGAUAACGUGCAAUAUGGCAUUCAGUACUCCUCCCAGAGCCUGGGAGAGAUAACUGAACUGAUAGAGUCAGGGAGGUCCUCGGUCCACAGCCUGGUGUCUCUGAAGCCAGGGGAGGCAGUCAGUGUCCGGCUGAGAGUCAAACCCAUCGACUACAGGGACACGGAGCCCAGGGGGCAUUGGAGCGCCUGGUCGGCCCCUGUCACGGAAACGGUUCCCGGGAGUGCAGGCGAUAUCUCUUUGCUGUGCCACACCCCUGACCUGCAAAACAUCACCUGUCAGUGGCAUGACAAAGCCUCAAGAAGUGAUUCCUACAACUUAUUUUACAAGAUUGGACACAGUGAACCAGAGGGAUGGAGAGAGUGCCUACCAGUUGAGAACCACUCCCACUGCACUUUCCGUGGAGCAGAGUCAGGUGACAUACGGGUCAAACUCAAUGCUGGUCCUGCUUCUCUCAGACAGACCUUCUACACUGAGCCUCUGAGAAUCAGCAACAUCAUUCAAACAGGCCCCCCGGGACGUCUGAGGGGACUUUGGGAGGGGGGCAGGUUGGCACUAACAUGGAACACCCCCCUACUGGCCCUGAAUGUCCACCUGAUGUACCAGCUCUGCUACCAGCCUCUAGGGGAAACUAUCCGGAAGCUUAUCGUCCUGCAGGGUUCUGAGACCACUACCUGUUUGGACCUUCAGACUGGAGGUCAGUACCUCAUUCAGGUCAGAGCCAAACCCAACGGUUCGGUCUAUGCCGGGUACUGGAGCGACUGGUCACCAGCACUUCAAGUGGAAACACCAUCGAACAUAGGUUCCCUCCUGAUCGUCUGCAUCCCUCUCGUGAUGCUCAUUAUGUCACUGGCUUUCAUCGCCAUGUUCUCCAGGAGUCUCAGCAUAAAGGUAAAACGAUAUCUGUGGCCACCAGUCCCGAACCUUGACAAAGUACUGAACGGCUUUCUCACAGAUAUCAACAGACAGACUUUGGAUCCCCCCUUAAAUAACAAGCAGUGUUCAGAGGAGACUACACCCUGCAUUGUGGAAAUCAUGUCUGAGAAAGAGGCUCCUAGUGGAGGAAAGCUUCCCAGGGAGUCUGCCUUUCUACUCUCCCCAGAACGAGGCACCUCCAGUUGGGAGGAGAGCCUUCCCACCCAGGUCCUCGAGGUCAAUCCCGACUAUGUGACUCUGACCACAGAUGACAUCAUGCCCUGUCCUCGAGGAAACAAGUACGUGUACGGCAGGGAGUUGGGCUGGGAGUCUCCGAGUCUGGAGGUGAGAGCAGCGGAGGUGCCCCAGAUUACUCCUCACUACUCCCCCUCGAUGUUUUCCAGCUUCCCCUCCUGUACCACAGAAAUCCUCAACCACUCUUACCUGCUGCUGGCUGAGCAGCCAACUGACAGACUGGAGGGGCCAGGCAGAGCCUAUGCCAACCUGGAGAACACGAGAACCGCUAACACAAAUGCCUGAUUGGCACUCUGGCAGAGCAUGACGAGGGCAUACUAAUCCUCAGAAAGACAUUGACGAAAUACAGAGAUAUGAACUACAACAUAAAAGAAGGAAGCUCCACAUUAAAAAAAAACUGCUAUUUUCCAAACAGACAUUUUCUGGAACUUUCUGCAACUCUUUGUUUGCCCGGGAAAAUGGAAAGUAUAUAGCUCAAGUGUGCUUCUGGAUAUAAUGUAAAAGGCACUUAUUCUGUGUGGACAAGACUUCAACAAAAUAUCCAUGACAUCUCUGUUUAAAACAGCUUAUUGUAUGUGUUAUCGAUUUGUAAAAAGGUCUAACUACAACAUUCUAUUUUGAUCCUAAAAAACAUCAGUCUCUGCUGGUUAAACAUACACCCAUAACAUGAUGCUGCCAUCACUAUACUUUAAAAUACAGAAGGAUCAACAACAUCCCAGUCACUUCACAUUAUUCUGAAAAGCAAACUACAAUUGGAUUUUGGCAGUUUUACAAGGAGAUCACUACGCAAAGGUUCAUGCCAACGACCCAGCAGUAGUAUUCUAAGUUAGUGUUUUGUUAACUAAUAUUUCUGUAACAAUCUUUCAUUCGUAAAUGCCUUGUUGAAUUUUAAGGAAACAAAAUGUAAAGACUGAGAGGGGUGUGUGAACUAAAGGGACUGAUAUUUUGCUUUGACAUACUUUACACAGUGAUGUAAAAGGGUAACCACACCACUGGAACGUUGCCUCGCCUUUUUACAUUUUCAUUUCCACACAUUGUUAGACGUCAUUUUUCAAAACAAUGAAAAUCUAUACUUUGCCAUCAAUUACUCAUCACCAGCUUAAAAAAAAGGUUUUGCCCCUUUUGGCUGAAAUAACUUAAUGCAACUGUUUAUUGUAACUGUCAAUCAGUCUCUUACAUUGAUUGUUUUGGAUCAUUCUACAAUCACAAGAUCAAUGUCCAGUUUGGCUUUUUAACAGAUGGCCUCACAUUCCACUAAAUCAGGGGUGUCCAAACAGUUCCACGGAGGGCCGAGUGGCCCAAUUCCUAUG